CGCGCACGCGACGCGCGGGUAUGGGCGACUCGGGCGCCGCCGACGCCGCCGCGUCACGCGCGGAGAGCGGCUCCACCGCGUCGUCCCGCGCCGAGGUCGAGCGCGCGCGAUGGAACCCGCGGCUGGGCGACGACACCGCGCCUCUCGUCGGAGAGUGGAAGUACCCUCUCGACAAGCCGCACGGCCCCGUGAUGUGCACGUCCCGGCGCGUGCGCACCGGCGGGCAUCCCGGCGUCGAUAAGCAGAUCAUGCGCGAGGGGUCCGCGGCGGAGCGAACGCCGAAAGACGGCGACACGUGCUUCGUCCACUACGACAUGUGGCAGCUCAACGCGUCGGGGGAGGAGGUGUGGAGCACCCGUCGCGAGUCCGAACCUCACCAGAUCGUCGUCGGUAAGGCGAUACCAGCGAGCGACGGCAAGCGCCGACACCACCCGGCGCUGUACGAGUGCGUCCGCGCGAUGGUUCCCGGCGAGCGCGCGCUGUUCAGGGUCCCGCCCGAGCUGUGCUACGGCGAGGCUGGUAACUUCUCCUUCCCGGCUGUGCCCCCGAGUUGCUGGAUGCUGGUCGACGUCGAGCUCAUCGGCGCCAAGCGAGGCGAGACGAUGGAGCGAGCGGACAUGCUGUACGAGGAGCGCAUCGAGCGGGUCAAGUCGCACAGGACCAAGGGGAACGAACUGUUCCGGGGCGGCGACGUCGCGUCCGCGGCGAGGGAGUACGAGAUGUCCCUCAGCUUUCUCACCGACGACAUGAUGAUGCAGCUCUUCGGCGCCUACCUCGACGAGGCGGAGGGCGAGAAACUCCCGGCGCACCUGAACCUCUGCGCGUGUUACCUCAAGAUGGAGCGACACCACGACGCGGUUGACCAGGCGGGCAGGGCGCUGGGCGUCGACCCGACCAACGCCAAGGCUUUUUAUCGAAGGGGUAAGGCGCGGAGGGCGCUGGGCCAGGACGAAGCCGCGAGGGCCGACUUGUUAAAGGCGCUCGGGUUCUCCGAAGGGGCGUCCGACCCGGCGAUAGAACGCGAGCUCGCGUCUCUGGACGGCGAGGAGAGGCGUUCGAACCACGCGCGGCGCGGCGUGUGGCGCGGGUUGUUCGACCCGAACGACGACACGGGCGUCGACGCGGACGGAGCGAAGAAGCGGCUCGACGACGUCGACGAGGCUGGCAAAAAACCAAAAAAAGGGGACGAAGCGGGGGGACGCGGCAAACGGUUCUUCGGCCGGUUGCUCGAACGGCUCGGGUUCGUGUCGGACGUGCUGACCAGUGACCGAGGGACGCACACGUGAAAGCGGAGGUUGGAUAGCGCCGCGAACGAGGGUUAUGAGCAAGCGUCGUGAG